AUGUCUUCUCACUGGCAACCCCAUCUUUCGACUGAUGAGCGGUGCCCUGGCUGCACCCUCUACUUUUCUCCGUCGGGUCUAUCAAAGCACCUCGCUCAAACCCGAAAGCCCGCUUGCAUCGCCGUGCGAGAUGGUCGUCUACCCCCGCCUCCUACAGCGCAGCCUCUAGGGCAAGAGGACGACUCGAAUGUAUUCGAUGAUGUGGACAUGGAUGCGCCUCCCGUUCCUCUCGAAGGCGACUUCUACGGCGAUUACGAUCCCUCCUUCUUUGACGACGAGUCCGCUCCUGAUUCCCCCCAUGGAGACUCGGACUUCCCGGCGAGCGAUGAUGACGACGAUGAUCUCCAGCCGACAUUGAGAGCUGGGAGCCCGAGCCCCGUCCUGUGCCUCCCAACACUGGAGGCGACGUCUCGGAGCAGAAUCCUGGGGACGUACGUCAUCCCCUUCCCUGGCCAUCAUGCUGGGGCCCCCAUCCCCCGCUCCGAUGUACCUCGCCGUGUCGAUGCAAAUGAGAAGUAUCAAGCAUGCCUGAAUGAGGCUCCUUCGACCAACCCUUACCAUCCGUUCGCCUCACGUCGGGAUUGGCUUGUUGGGCAUUGGGCAAAGAUGCGUGGGCCAGGGUCGACGGCAUUCUCAGAACUCCUAGCCAUUGACGAGGUGGCUCAACUGCUCGCAUUGUCCUACAAGAAUUCUCAGCAGCUAGACAAGAUCAUUGAUAAGGAGCUACCCCCUUGUCGUCCUCGCUUCCAGCGCCACGAGAUUGUUGUCGCGGGUGAGGCAAUCGAAGUGUAUUUUCGUGAUGUCCUAGAAUGCAUCCGUUCGCUCUUCAGCAACCCCGAGUUUGCCCCCCUUCUCCUCCUUGUGCCUGAACGCCAUUACGCCGACGCGGAUCACACGGUGCGGGUCUAUUUCGAUAUGAAUACGGGAAAGUGGUGGUGGGCGACCCAGAAGGAGCUCGAGAAGAGAAACCCUGGUGCCACAGUGGUCCCCAUCGUCAUCUCGUCUGAUAAGACUCAGUUGACCUUGAUCGGGAACAAGACCGCUUAUCCUGUGUACAUGACACUCGGAAAUCUUCCGAAAGACGUACGCAGUAAGCCUUCCCGCCGCGGCCAGAUCCUCCUUGCAUACCUGCCCACUUCGAAGCUACAGCAUAUCCCCAACAAGGCCGCGCGUCGCCGCACCCUCGCUAACCUCUUCCACGCAUGCAUGGCUCGUGUCCUCACACCGCUGUCGUCUGUCGGUGUCACAGGCAUGGAGCUUAUGAGCGGUGAUGGUGUUGUGCGCCGUGGUCAUCCAAUCCUUGCGGUUUACGUCGGCGACUACCCAGAACAGCUCCUUGUGAGCGGCUGCAAGACUGGGGAGUGCCCGAAGUGCCCGAUUCCUCGCGAUGAGGUCGGAAGUUCCUCGAACACCUCGCGGGCAUUGCGAGACCUCGGAAAGGUCUUCGAUGCCUUAUCUGCACUAGACGAAGGGCCCACUGCUUUUUCGAAGGCCUGCCACGAUGCAGGCAUCAAGCCGCUGCCGCAUCCAUUUUGGCUCGAUCUUCCGUUUACGAACAUCUACAUGUCGAUCACCCCCGAUAUCCUCCAUCAGCUAUACCAAGGAGUCAUGAAGCACCUUAUCCUUUGGCUGCAAGAAGCGUGUGGCGAAGACGAGAUCGAUGCUCGCUGCC